CGAAAGGUUUUUUCGUUUUCGAGUUGCUUCGCAAGACGAAUGUCCCUAUGGGCUUGCUUCGCAAGACGAAAACGUCUUGCAAGUUUGUUUCCUUUUUCGUAAAACCGUUAAAACCCAGGGUGCAUUGCUGGAAGAGGUGCAGUUGCGACUUGACCUCGAGGAGCAACACAUUGCACGCGGUGUGGUGGCCUUUCUGAGCUUUUUAAAGAGUUUGCUGGAUUUUUGAAGCUUUUCCAAAACUUCUUCUGCAGCUGUUUGGUAAGUUAAACUUUUAAAACUUUUUUUGGGUUUUUUGGAUUUUGGGUUGGGGUGUUUAGAAUUCAAGGACUUGGUGUUGGGGAGAGGUUUGCAAGAAUCUGGGAGCUUGUGUGGUUUUUUUCUGCAUUUUUAUGAUUUUCUGUGACCAUUGGGCCAUGUUUAUUUUUUUUUAAAAAAAAUCUGGCUUUGAAUUUUGAAUUUCUGUGUGCUGGGUGGAUGGGGGAACAGCUGGGGAGGUGUUUGCAAGAAUCUGGGAGCUUGUGUGGUUUUUUUUGAAUUUUUAUGAUUUUUUGUGACCAUUGGGCCAUGUUGUUUUUUUUUGAAAAAAAUUUAUGGGUUUUAAAUUUAUGUGUGCUGGGUGGAUGGGUGGACAGCGUGGUAGGUGGUUGCAAGAAUCUGGGAUCUUUUGUGGUUUUUUUUGAAAUUUUAUGAUUUUUUGUGACCAUUGGGCCAUGUUGUUGUUUUUUUAAAAAAAUUUCUGGGUUUUAAAUUUCUGUGUGCUGGGUGGAUGGGGGAACAGCUGGGGAGGUGUUUGCAAGAAUCUGGGAGCUUGUGUGGUUUUUUUUGAAUUUUUAUGGUUUUCUGUGACCAUUGGGCCAUGUUGGUUUUUUUUGAAAAAAAUUUCUGGGUUUUAAAUUUCUGUGUGCUGGGUGGAUGGGGGAACAGCUGGGGAGGUGUUUGCAAGAAUCUGGGAGCUUGUGUGCUUUUUUUUGAAUUUUUAUGGUUUUCUGUAACCAUUGGGCCAUGUUGUUUUUUUUUGAAAAAUUUUCUGGGUUUUGAAUUUCUGUGUGCUGGGUGGCUGGGGGAACAGUUGGGGAGGGGUUUGCAGGAAUCUGGGAGCUUGUGUGCUUUUUUUUGAAUUUUUAUGGUUUUCUGUAACCAUUGGGCCAUGUUGUUUUUUUUUGAAAAAUUUUCUGGGUUUUGAAUUUCUGUGUGCUGGGUGGCUGGGGGAACAGUUGAGGAGGGGUUUGCAACAGUUGGGGAGGGGUUUGCAACAGUUGGGGAGGGGCUGGGGGAACAGUUGAGGUUUUUGAAGACUUUGGUGAUUUUUAAAGCUUUCCCAAAACUUCUUUUGCAGCCAUUUGAGGAUUUUGAAGACUUUGGUGAUUUGCAGCCAUUUCGUAAGUUAAACUUUUAAAACUUUUUUGGGGGUUUUUGGAUUUUGGGUUGGGUGUUUGGAAUUCAAGGACUUGGUUGUGGGUUUGAAUUGCUGAUUUUUUUUUUCUUUUUCUGAGUUUACAAAGGUAACAGCUGUGCUGCCAUGGGACCCAAGAAGACUGCUGCUGCUGCGGAGGCCGGCGAGAGGAAGAAGGAGAAGGUGACGCUGGAGAUGAAGAAGGAGAUCAUCCGGAAGCACGACGGUGGAAUGCGUGUGACGGACCUCGCCAGGGAGUACGGCAGGAACCCAUCGACCAUCGGGACCAUCCUGAAGAUGAGGGAGAAGAUCCUUGCGACUGAUGCAGCCAAGGGAGUCACCAGGAUCGUGAAGAACCGCCCAGCUGUUCUGGAGGAGGUCGAGAAGUUGCUCCUCAUCUGGAUAGAAGAGAAGCAGCGUGCAGGGGACACAGUGACUGAGGCCGUGAUUUGUGAGAAGGCCAAGGCCUUGCACGCAGACCUCAUCCGGGAACAGCCAGGAACCUCGGCCGAGCCAGAAGUCUUCAAGGCAAGCAGAGGCUGGUUUGACCGGUUCAAGGCAAGAUCCGGAAUCCACAGCGUGGUCAGGCAUGGAGAGGCUGCCAGUUCUGAUGUUCCUGCGGCUGAAGACUUUGCCUUGGAGUUCCUGGAGGUUGUGAAGACGGAGGGCUACGCUCCACAGCAGGUCUUCAACUGCGACGAGACCGGGCUGUUUUGGAAGAGGAUGCCCAAAAGGACUUUCAUCACACAGGAGGAGGCCAAGUUGCCUGGCCACAAGCCCAUGAAGGACCGUCUGACCCUGCUCUUCUGUGCCAACGCAAGCGGCGACCUGAAGAUCAAGCCCCUGCUGGUGUACCACUCGGAGAACCCACGGGCCUUCAAGAAACACAAGGUCGACAAGGAGCGGCUGAGUGUCAUGUGGCGAUCCAACAGCAAGGCUUGGGUCACACGUGUGCUGUUUGUGGACUGGGUCAAUCUUGCCUUUGGCCCUGCUGUCAAACAGUACCUGCUGGACAACGACCUGCCGCUGAAGGCUUUGCUUCUGAUGGACAAUGCUCCUGCUCAUCCUAAAGGCCUUGAGGUGGACUUGUUGGAGGAGUUCAGCUUCAUCAACAUCAUGUUCCUGCCGCCUAACACCACGCCACUGCUCCAGCCGAUGGAUCAGCAGGUCAUCGCCAAUUUCAAGAAACUCUACACCAAGGAGCUUUUCAGGCGAUGCUUCGAGGUGACUGAUUGCACCACCAUCACCCUGCGGGAAUUCUGGAAGGACCACUUCGACAUCGUCACCUGCUUGAAGAUGAUCACCACGGCCUGGAAGGGGAUCAGCCAGAGGAAUUUGAAUUGCGCUUGGCGCAGCCUGUGGCCGGACUGUGUGGCACCAAGUGACUCUGAUGCACCAGAGUCGACAGUGGUGCAGGACAUUGUUGCCUUGGGAGGACCAUGGGCCUGGAGGUCACAGAGGAGGACGUUUGCGAGCUGGUGGAGGAGCACGACCACGAGCUGACCACCCAGGAGCUGGUUGAACUGCAGUCAGAGGUUGCGCAGGAGCAGGCCUCGCUGGAAGAGGAGGAAGCAACUGAGGAACGGCUGUCCUCCAAAGAACUGAGGGACAUUUGCCAGAAGUGGAAUGAGGUGCAGGCUUUUGCAGAGCGGCACCACCCUGACAAGCACGUGGCACAUGACCAAGCGAACAUUUUUGAUACGACGGUCAUGUCGCCUCUCAGGGAGCUGCUGAAAAGGCGGAUGAAGCAGCAGACCAUGGACAGGUUCCUCAGCAAGAAGCAAAGAGUGGAAGAGGAACCUUCUUCGAGUGGUCCCCCAGAGUCUUAGAAAAUGUAAUGUACCCUUUUUUGAUUUUUAAAUGUUUUUCCUGUCAUGUUUAGAAACUUAAUUUAUU